AUGGAUUCAACAACAACAACAACAACAACAACAACGACAUCAACAAUGAACAAGAAGAAGAGAUCACUAGAGGAAGAAGUUCCAACAAUAAUGGAUGGUGAUGAAGACAAUAACAAAGACAAUGAUGGAGUUGUUGAUAAUGGUCAAGAUGAUGAUGAUGAUGAUGCAGCACAUAUCAAUAGAGCAAAGAAGAGAAUGCAAAUGACAAGACGUGAUUGUCCUUAUUUGGACACUGUUAAUCGAUCGGUACUUGACUUUGACUUUGAGAAGAUCUGUUCGAUAUCAUUUGUCAAUCUCAAUGUCUAUGCAUGUUUGGUAUGCGGCAGAUUCUUCCAGGGCAAGAGCGAAGGCUCACACGCACACUAUCACUGUCUACAAGCCAAUCAUCAUGUCUUUGUCAACCUUCACAAUCAAAAGAUCUACUGUCUGCCCGACGACUAUCAAGUGAUUGAUCCAUCACUCGAUGAUAUCAAGUAUCUCAUCAAUCCAACAUUCACUUCCGAUCAGAUUACAAAGUUGGAUAUGAGCACAAAGUACUCAAGAUCAUUGGAUGGAACACAGUAUCUGCCUGGCUAUGUUGGACUUAACAAUAUCAAGAAGAACUCAUUCAUCAAUGUCGUCAUACAAUCACUGGCACGUGUAUCCAUGGUCCGCGACUACUUCAUCGAUCAAGAUAACAUAAAGAGUAUCAAGUCGCCAUUGGUACUUAACUUUGGAGAGCUACUACGCAAGAUAUGGAAUAAUAGGAACUUUAAGGGACAUGUGUCGCCUCAUGAGUUGGUACAAGCGAUACAGAGUGCGAGCAAGAGAAAGUUCACUAUUGGCGCAGAGAGCGAUCCUUUGGAGCUGCUGCAAUGGUUCCUCAAUAUGCUCAGCGCAGACCUGCGCCAACAACUACAUCUGGCCAAGCAGCAGGACUCAAUCAUUCAAAAGGCAUUCAGUGGCGAGGUCUAUGUAACGACAAAGACACCUCUCAAGGGCGAGACGAUCUCGGCAGACAGGACCAACAUGGAGUACAGUACAGUCUCGAGCAAAGUGCCAUUCAUGACAUUGGUACUGGACCUGCCGCCAAAGGCGGUGUUCAAGGACGAGCAGGACAAAUCGAUUAUUCCACAGGUGCCCCUAUUCACUCUGUUGCAAAAGUAUGAUGGACGCACUGAGAAAGUGCAGCCCAAUGGCGAGGUCAAGAUCUACGAGCUGCGUCGACUGCCGCGCUACCUUGUCAUGUGCGUCAAACGAUUCCAUCACAACAACUUCUUCAAGGAGAAGGAUCCGACCAUUGUCAACUUCCCGCUAAAGGGUCUGGAUCUUAAAGAUUAUUUAUCCCCAGAGGUACUGUCAACAUAUAGAUCAACCAAGUAUAACUUGUUGUCAAACAUUAGACAUGAAGGCGAUCCUAAUGGUGGAAGUUACUCUGUAUACAUAUAUAACAAGGGACAGGACAAAUGGUUUGAGAUGCAAGAUUUGAGUGUCAAGGAGGUACUGCCACAGUUGGUAGCAGUGUCUGAGGCCUACAUACUGAUAUAUGAG